AUGGAAGAAGAACACAUUAAAACGCAUCUCUCGCCGGAUUAUACUGUAAUCGAGGAGUGGAACGGAACGGCGUUUUCGGAUCUCACAAAAACCGCCACCAUCACAAUCACUCGAGAUUCCGUUAAAAAAUCAACCAGCCGAUUCAACCAUUUUUCUCGGCGAUUUCUCGACGCUUUUGUUCCCGAGGGAUUUCCGAGCAGUGUGACUCCAGAUUAUAUCCCUUUUCAAAUAUGGGAUUCAUUGCAGGGCCUUUCAACAUAUGUGCGAACAAUGCUCUCCACCCAGGCUCUUCUAAGUGCUAUUGGAGUAGGUGAAAAAUCUGCUACUGUUAUUGGGGCUACAUUUCAGUGGUUUCUGAGAGAUUUAACUGGAAUGCUUGGAGGGGUCUUAUUUACAUUUUACCAGGGGGCAAACCUGGACAGCAAUGCCAAAAUGUGGCGUCUUGUUGCUGAUCUCAUGAAUGAUAUUGGAAUGUUAAUGGACCUUGUUUCGCCUUUGUUCCCUUCUGCAUUUCUGUUCAUCGUGUGCUUAGGGAGUAUAUCACGAUCAUUCACUGGUGUUGCUAGUGGAGCUACUAGAGCCGCUUUAACGCAGCAUUUUGCCCUUCAGGAUAAUGCAGCAGAUAUAUCUGCAAAGGAAGGAAGCCAAGAGACAGUUGCAACAAUGCUUGGGAUGGCUCUUGGGAUGUUCCUUGCUCACAUUACUCUGGGGCACUCACUUGCCAUUUGGUUUUGUUUUUUGUCCCUCACCAUAUUUCAUAUGUAUGCAAAUUACAAGGCAGUUCGUUGCCUUUCACUUACUACAUUAAAUUGUGAAAGAAGUUCUAUUCUUUUGUCACAUUUUAUGGAGACUGGUCAAGUUCUCACUCCAAAACAGGUCUCAGCCAUGGAGCAUGUUUUGCCACUGUGGAUGACUUCAUGGAGCACAAAUAGGGUUAAAGUUUUGUACCAGCGUGUACGCAUAGGCAUCCGGAUAUCUUCGAUCAACUGUCAUGAAAUGUUGGACCUAUCUCACCUGGCUGGUUCCUAUUACAAAACAGCAAAGUAUAUACUACUAGAGAAAAAGGGAAUAAUCAGCAUCAUUAUGCACAAAGACUCAGCAGCAGCAGACCUCUUACAGGCUUUCAUGCAUGCGCUUGUAAUGUCAGAACUUGUUGAUAAAGACAGAUCUGUGCAUUUGGAGAGCCAAUCAUGGAUGGCUAAAUACUAUGAAGUCUUUGUACUGAAGCUUCAAUCAGCUGGUUGGAAAACGGAACGUCUUUUGUCACCCUCAGUUGUUUGGAAGGCAAAUUGGUUAUUGAGAUCUUCGGACGAAAAACUAGACUAG